AUGUUUGAUUACAUAACAUUGUGUGAUGUUACUGAUCGAGUGGAUUUCGCUGGAGCUGAUGUUGAUCGAGUAUCGUGGGAGCGAAGCGAGCAUGUGGCUAAAUUUGAUUUUAUGUGCACGAUUGUUCAUGAUGGAUCAGCUGUGAACAAUGCGAUGACAUGUUCAUUAGUCUGUUCGAAAGAUUUAUUUGAUCAAGGAACUGUAGACAGAAUAAGCCGGCGUUUUUCAAGGUUCAUUAAACAGUUGUUCCUUUCUUCGAACGAAUGGUCAAAAUCGCCAUUGUACAAAAUGUCCAUAAUUCUCCCGAGAGAAGCGGAGUUAAUUCAUGAAUUAAAUAGAAGGCAAUGUGAAGAGAAGGCGUUGACAUCUAAGACUAUUUUCGAAAGAUUCAACGAAAAGGCUGCACAUAAUCCGCAAAAAAUUGCUGUCGAGCUGGAUGAACAAUGCCUCACAUACGCUGAGCUUUUGUAUUAUGUUCAACUAAUCGGCCUAAGCUUAUUGAAUAGAUACAAUGUUCUUCCUGGUAAAAUUAUCUGUCAAUGCAUGGAACGCAGUAUAUCCAUGGUCAUUGGUGCAAUGGCAAUUGAAAUGGUUGGUGCUGUGUAUUGUCCACUCUCUCCUGAUUGGCCCCCACAACGAUUUCACAUACUGAUUAAAGAAACUAAAAGUCGUCUAAUUCUUGUUCACAAUUUGACGCAUAGCAAAGUUCAGGUCGAUGGCACUGUAUUUAACGUUGACAAUGCAGUCAAUGCUGACUUCAGUGCCGGUAUAGCGACCGUCAAUCAACUGCCUGACUGUUUGAUAACUCCUGACAGCAUAGCCUACGUCAUCUUCACGAGUGGUUCUACAGGAGUACCAAAAGCGGUACAAGUACGACAUCGUAAUUUUUGCUCAAGUAUAGAUUCAAUGAUCGAAGUUGGAAGUUUUAGCAAGAAUGAUAUUAUACUUCAAAUGGCUCGUUGCUCGUUUGACAUUCAUGUUAAAGAUCUCAUUGGAACAUUGAUCGUCGGUGCUACCUUGGUUAUGCUUCAUCCAGAUGGAAUCUUAGAUCUUGAAUAUAUGGCUGAUAUUUUCAAUAGAAAACAAAUAACAUACAUGCAAGUCGUACCCUCUCUACUGCAAAGUAUAUUUACCUUUUUGAAAGAAGAGCAUUUAUCAGCAGUUGGAAAGACAUUUCAAUCAAUCUGCAGUAGUGGUGAAGCUCUCUCUGUAAGAUUAGUGGACCUUAUGGUGAGUCAACUUCCGAAAACCUGUCGAAUAUGGAAUCAUUAUGGUCCUGCCGAGACCACAAUUGAUGCAACAUACCAUUUAGUGAAUAGACAGUCAGACAGAAAAAGUAUUCCAAUCGGUCAACCGCUGCCAAACUAUCAGUGUGUCGUCGUCGACGAAUUUCAACAGUUGAUUACUACUGAGCAAGUGGGCGAACUGUUAGUGGGAGGCGUAGGCGUGUUUGCCGGUUAUUUGGGUCGGGAUGAUUUGACAAAAAAUGCAUUAGUAAACAUCGAUGGUGAACCAUUUUAUCGGACAGGUGAUCUCGUUCAGAUGGACAACAGCGGUUAUUUACAUUAUCUUGGUCGUAAGGAUUAUCAAAUCAAAUUGCGUGGACAACGUAUCGAGCUUUGUGAAAUAGAAAAGUGUUUGCUUGAUACUGGCGUCGUCGCCUGCGUGGUCGUUAAGUGGAAUGAACAUAUUGUAGCUUACGUUCAAAGUUUGAAUGCUACAGAAGAGCAAUUACAACAGCAUUGUCGAUCGCAUCUACCGCCGUUCAUGCAUCCCUCUUUUUUCGUCAUAUUGGAACAAUUACCAUUGAAUAACAAUGGAAAGAUAGAUCGGAAAUCCCUUCCAACACCUAUCAUACCUGCUGUUUCAAACAAUACGAGUUCUGUCGAGCAAUCAACGUUAUCACCCUUAGGACAAGAAGUCUAUGCUAUUUUCACACAAGCAUUUCAUGCUCAAUCACUAAGUUUAGAUGUAUCUUUCAGACAAAUCGGUGGCACAUCACUAGAUGUUAUUCAGGCUUUAUCACUUAUUAGAAAACGGAUUUACCCUAAAGUUCAAAUUGGAGUUUUGUUCGAAAAUCCUACAGUACGACAACUUGCGCAUGCUCUUGAACGCUUGUUAGCUGACCGAGAGGAGAAAUUGGACAUUCCAGCAGCAAUGCAAUCAAAUGAUGACGAUUGCCAUUGUCGAUUGAAACCGUCAUUGUGUAUUGAAACCAUUGGAGUGCUGUUGCUCGCUGUGCAAUGGCUCAGUCCAAUAUUAUUUCUUUGUCAACUUAAUUCAUCAUUAGCAAUCUUUCUUGUUCCAAUCGUUCACCUACUAUGCUAUGUCGUAUGUCAACGUUUGUUUUGCCAGUUUUGGUCAGUUAUUGGGACAACCGAUGAGCUCUAUUCUUGGAGCUAUUACAGCUGGUGGUUCUUAGAUAGGCUAUGGUCGAUUAACAAUUGUUACUGGUUACAGCAUUUAGUAGGCACUUCGCUCUACAAUUCAUGCCUUCGACUUUGUGGGGCGCACAUUGGUCACCAUUGUCAUAUAUAUACAACACGAAUAGAUGCUCCUUGGCUGCUUGAAGUAGGAGGUUCGACAGUCAUUGGUAAUGAAACAAUACUUUCGAGUUUAUCCUUCUAUGAUCGCACGUACAAACUUUACCCGAUCUCGAUUGGAUCAUAUUGUUCGAUCGGCGUGCGCUGCGUUCUUUACGAAAGGGUAAAUAUCGACGAUUAUGUUUGCAUCGAGCCCAUGUCGGCAAUCGCGGGUCAUGUGACGGCGCCACAUAAGUGUAUAUUCAGUGAGAACCGAAUACUAUCACAAGAACAACGUCUCUAUCAGUUUUCGUGUGUAGUGAGCGUUUUGCUAAUUCAUUAUAUAUUGCUCGCGUUAACGUAUCGUGUGUAUCAAUGUCGAGCUAUUUCAUUUGCGCCGUUAUCUGUUCAACUUGCUCUGACUUGGCUCUUUUGGAUUUUCGUUAGUCUAUUUGUUUCUUUGGUCUUACUAAAGUUCGUCGUAGGCCAUGCUGUACCUGGACAAUAUUCACUUAAUUCUUAUUAUUAUUUGCACAAGAUAUGGCUGCGUCGGCUCAUCGUAUCAACAUUCUAUUGGUCAUUCGCAUUCAUUCCUAAGUAUAGUAUAUUUUCGGUCUAUAUUCUUCGUUGGCUUGGAGGACAUAUUGAAGAUGAUGUAAAACUAGCUGAAUUUCAUACCUUUUUGUAUUUUCCAUCGAAUCUGUUUACAGCUAGACGUGGUGCAACAACCUUCAACAAAGUAAUGAUUGCUCCAUUUGAAAUGGCACACGAACAUGACUGCUGUAUCGAUUCUAUUCAUGUUGGCUCUGACACAAAUUUAGGCAAUGGAUGUACGCUCAUACCAGGUGCACAUCUUGCAUCGAACAUAACGGUAGGUAACUUUACUCUAGUUACGAGAAAAACCGAUGGCCUUGCUUCAAACAUCAUACUGCUCGGUAUACCUGGCCAACAAAUGCCAUUCCAUCGGGCUCAGCAAAUACCAAUAGACCACAAAUCGUUAUUACGUGAUUCGUCACUGAUUUACCACCUCAUACAGACUUCCGUAUUUUUUUUAAUUGGUAAAUUUGUGUUCGUUAGCAUCUACGUGUUACUGCCAAUUACUGUUGCGCCGCUUGUGCAUGCAGUUUUCUUUUGUGCAGUGUAUCGUUAUUCAGCUUUUGUUGAACGAACCAGCACCACUUUCACUUUCUCCGACGUUAUGACGACCACUCAAUACUUUCUUAGCGCGUUCCUUAUCGACUUUAAGAUAUUGAUAUGUCCAUUAUUGGCACGAACACAGCUUCUGGUUUUUCUCUUUCGUGGAUUGGGCGCUCGAAUCGCAAGUGAUGUUAUUCUGUUUGAUAUUGACUGUCUUACUGACCCUCAACUUGUCUUUAUCGACGAUCAUGUUCGGUUCCAUAUGGAGGCCUCGAUUCAGUGUCAUACAUUCGAGCAGCGCAUCCUCAAAUUAGCAUUCGCUACUGUGCAUCAAUCGACGGUACUUAUGAGCUACUCGAUGGUGCUUUCCGGCGCAAUUCUUCAUGGGCAAAAUCGACUUUUGCCGUACACAUUAGUAAUGAAGAACGAUGAACUGCCAUUUAACACGGAUUGGUCAGGUGUACCAGCACAACAAUUGAAAUGA